UAGAGAGGAGCUGGGAGUGUGAUGGUGAAAUGUAACGGGGACGUCGUGGAGGCUGUGACGGGAACGGCGAAGACAUAACGGGGGCUGCGGUGGAAAUAUCGCAGGACACCGGCGGAAGUCCCUGUCGGAUUGUCCAUGCUCUUGGUGUCUACUUCCAUCUAAUGCAAUGCUAAAUCAGUGCAGUGACCAGCUCCCCGGAGAUCUCCACCAGACUACACUCAACGUAGACCUGCCCCACAAUCUUAUCUACCAGCCAAGAGCAUCAUUACAACAAGAAUGUCACACGUCCCAUGAGAAACAUCCUAUAGAAAUGCCCCAUUCCUCUUUACUUCAGCCAGUAGGAUCUGCAUCACCAGGACUCAAUUCAAACCAGGGUGUUCAACCCACAGAACUAACCCACGGCAUGCUUCACAACCAAAGUGAUCUUUCUAAGCAAGGACACAGUACGGCUCUAAAGCCACUUACUGUAGAUGACCUACCUUACCUCUCCCCACAGCAUGGAGAUAAAUUGCCACUUGAAUGCGGUGCAGUUUUGGGUUGUCCAUCCACAGAUCAGAUCAGACCCCCCAUUAGUGCUGUUAACAUGAAAGAAUUUGCAAUACAGGCCCAUUUAGAUUCCCUGAGGACACUUGUAACAGAUAUAACACCAGGUUUACUCCAGUCAGAAGAUCUGGACUGUGAACUUCCAUCACAAGAACUGGUGCCUCCACCAGGCGAUACACUAGAUGACAUGGAAACAUGCAAUGACUCCAGCAGUAAUGAGCUUAAUGAGUCAGAAGAGAACGGGAAGGAGCCGGCAUCCAAAAGCUCCUCUGGUUUCCAGCCUCCUCCAUGCAGCUCCGCAGCAUUUUCCUUAAUGAUGGCCGACUCUGAACACAAUCCCUCUACCAGUGGCUACAGCAGUGAACAACCGGCUAAGGCCAAAACUCAGAAAGAUCUGAUGAAAAUCCUGAAAGAACUACGUUCAUAUCUCCCCUCAGACAAGAGAUCCAGGGGCAAAUCUAGCACGCUGGCGUCUAUUCGAUACGCACUGCGGUGCAUCCAGCAGGUUAAAGCAAAUGAGGAAUAUUACCAGCUACUGAUGGUUAAUGAGGAGCAGCCACGUGGUCUGGACGUGUCGUGUUACACCGUGCAAGAGAUAGCGAAUAUCACCUCCGAGUACACGCGGAAUAAUAUGGACGUGUUUGCUGUGGCGGUUUCCCUAGUAACUGGACGGAUCCUGUACAUCUCGGAGCAGGCCUCGGUGGUCCUGCGCUGUGGGGCAGAUGUCUUCUCGCAGGUUCGCUUUGUUGAACUCUUGGCCCCUCAGGAUGUGAGCGUGUUCUACAGCUCUACCACCCCAUACAGACUCCCAUCAUGGAGCAUCUGCAACGGAGCUGAUUCUGGAUCUCUGGAGGGUAUGGAGGAAAAGCCCUUUUACUGUCGCAUCAGCUGUGGCCGGGAAUCCCGACGAGAGAUCUCUUAUCAUCCUUUCCGCUUGACCCCAUAUCUAAUCCGGGCACAAGCAGAGGGGAGCCCUGCUGAACAACUGUGCUGUGUGCUGUUUGCUGAGAGGGUGCACUCCGGAUAUGAAGCGCCUCGGAUCCCUGCAGAUAAACGCAUCUUCACGACCACUCACACACCCAGCUGUCUGUUCCAAGACAUUGAUGAAAGAGCUGUACCUUUGCUGGGAUACCUUCCUCAGGACCUGAUCGGCAGCCCUAUUAUUCUGCACCUUCAUCCUAGUGAUCGGCCGCUCAUGCUGGCUGUACACAAAAAGAUUCUGCAGCAUGGAGGGCAACCGUUUGAUUUCUCACCUAUUCGGUUCUGUGCACGCAAUGGGGAGUACAUCACCAUAGACACCAGCUGGUCUAGCUUCGUCAACCCUUGGAGUCGUAAAGUGUCCUUCAUCAUUGGCAGACACAAAGUUAGGAUGGGUCCUGUUAAUGAAGACAUAUUCGCUGCACCCACAUGCAUGGAAGAUCAGUCGGUGCAGCCUGGAAUUCAGGAGAUCACAGAGCAGAUACAUCAGCUACUCAUGCAGCCUGUCCACAACAGCAGCUCCAGCGGAUACGGGAGUUUGGGAAGUAAUGGGUCCCAUGAAAAUCCAAUGAGUGCAGCAUCCUCCAGCGAUAGCAACGGGAACCUCAACGAGGACAUAAAGGACAAGCAUGCAUCUUCCGCUGUGCAGAAGGAGGAGCAGGGAACCAGCGGCCUUGAGGUUAAAGAUACACAGAACCCAGAGAAGCAAGCAGAUCAUGCUCCUAAUGCAGACAUGGAUGAUAAAGACCUUGCCAAGGAUGGAUCAGAGAGCGGUGUCUGUCCCGUGCAGAUUGAAGAGCUACCGGUUAAACAGUCUCCCUAUUCGUACCAGCAGAUCAGUUGUCUGGACAGUGUUAUCAGAUACCUGGAAAGUUGCAGUGCCCCCAUCAAUACUAAACGCAAGUGGGAGUCCCCCUGCAAUACACCGUCUUCUACCUCGGAUGAUGACCCAGUCCAGAUGCAGGACAAGAAGAUGGAGAUACAAAAGGAAAGCCCUGUAGCGGGAAUGAAACUACAAUUAGGAUCACGUCCGCCCCACACUACCAUGCCUGUUCCAGGCCCUCCUUCCAUGCCUGUGCUAAAUCCUCUGUCAAUUGGUGCCAAGGCUGAAAGUGUCGUAUCUCUCACCAGCCAUUGUAGCUACAGCAGCACAAUUGUACACGUUGGAGACAAGAAGACAGAAUUUGAGGAUGUGCCUGCGCACCUAGAUGCUGUGCCACCCGCGUCUGGCACUACGGAGAAAGAGCCACGCAGGCCACUGGGGCUUACUAAGGAAGUGCUGGUGGCUCACACUCAGAAAGAGGAGAAUCAUUUCAUGUCUGGUUUCAUGGACACAAAAAAGCUUAGUGCCUUCCAGACUCGAUGCAGCAGCUACCUGCAUGAGAGGCCAGGGGGUACUCGUCGACACUGUACACAGGGUGCUGGUACCCUGUGGAAAAAAGCAGGCAAGAAUCUGAAGCCCAAAGCAAAGCGUGUGCGACCCGAGUACUGGGAUAGUAGUAGCUCUGGUCUUCCUCAGACUUCUCGAUGUCCUCUUACUGGCUUCAAUACCACAGCAUGGUCACAAUCUGACACCUCCCAUCCAAGCUAUCCCCCACUGUCAUAUCCUAUUCUGCCUGCUUACACAAUGCCAGUCUUCCCUCCACAACAGAUUCCGAUGCCGAAUGAGAGCCCCCAUUGCUCUCCUGCUGGCACUUACCCCACCCAACCUUUCCCUGCCCCUAUGAUUCCCCCUAUGGUGGCACUGGUACUACCAAACUACUUGUACCCUCCAAACUUGCCGCCUGCUAUGUACCCAGUGUCUGCUCCACCUCCUGUAUUCCCUGGCCAGUCAUCCUCUUGUGCUCAACAAAUGGCCUUUCCUGCUCCUCAGCCAACGUUGUCUACUGCUCCACCGGCCUUCUCCCUUUCACAGCCAACCUACCCUGUUCCACAGUCUGUAAUGUCAACACCGCAGAAUGCCUUUCCUGUGCCUUUACCAUCAUAUGCACCACAGACAGUUGAGAAUACUUAUCCUAGACAGUCUACCCAAUACCCUCUUCUACCCAACGCACCAAAGAUGAAUGAAGGGCUCUCUCGUUCCUCCACGCCCAGAGAUCCUCCUUCUCCCCCACUGUUCCAGUCUCGCUGCAGCUCUCCGCUUCAACUCAACUUGCUGCAACUGGAAGAGUCACAGAAAGCAGAGCGUUUAGAGGGAGCCCUUGGAUUAAAAAAUGUGGGGACAAGAAACAGCACAGUGACGCCAAAACCCUCUAAGCAGUCCGUACCGCUCCCUUCAAGGGCAGGAUCCCCUGCAGAUGCACAAACCAGUGAUGCUAUGUCGGCCUGUAGCGACCUUAUGGAUCUACUGCUGCACGAGGAUGCGUCUUGUGGAACAUGUUCUGCCUCCUCUGCUGUCUCAGAAUCCAUGACAUCUGGAUCUCAUGGUCAAGGUACAUCUGGAAGCCAAACAGGGAGCAGCCUGACCAGCCGCAGCAGCAAAUACUUUGGCAGUGUGGAUUCCUCUGAGAAUAAUCAGCAUCAACUACAAAAACAAGGAAAAGAAACUGCAGCUGGGGAGUCCGUAAUGAAGUAUGUCCUACAGGACCCUAUGUGGCUGCUCAUGGCCAAUGCAGAUGAGAAUGUAAUGAUGACCUACCAGAUACCGCUGCGGGACAUGGAUGCUGUUCUUAAGGAGGACAAGGAGAGGCUGAAAUCCUUGCAGAAGCUGCAACCUCGUUUUACAGACGAGCAAAAGAAGGAACUGGGCGAGAUUCACCCCUGGAUACAACGGGGUGGUUUGCCACAGGCUAUGGAGGUGAUGGACUGUGUUUACUGCAAAGAGCGAGGUUCUGACUGCACAGAAUACAAGGAGGCAAUCCAAGCGCUUGAACUGAGUGGGAUCUUGGAGUCGUGCGAUUAAAUAGUGGAAACGCAUUUAUAGCCAAUUGUUACGACCCAUCAUAUGAGUUAUGAUUUCAAUGUGAACACCGCUCCCUUACUACAGACGUGUAGUAUGUCCUCAACAACAAACAACAUUUUUAUUAUUCCCCUCUCAAAGCGUUUCAGACAACCUGAAAUAAAUGCAAUGGGUCCAGAAUGGAACAAACAUUAGAGAAUGUUUAAUCACAACAAAGAUUCUGUCUAUGAGGUUGCUUUUCUUAGAUAAUUCGGAUGCCACUUCUCUCGUGGUUUUCAGCAUCAAUGGCAUGGGGCCGUUUAUAUUUUGUUUUUGUCCUGAACAUUUUUUGGUCUCUUCUAGAAGGUCCGUAAGCAAGGUGUAGACCUCUAAAAGGGGAAAAUGCACUGCGUUUAAAAUGUGCAGCCAAGACUUUUUCAAAGGCAGGGGGAUUUUAGGGUAAUAUUUGCACAGUUUCAAACCUUGCUUAUUUAAAAAUGUUUCUAUAUAUCUUUUCAGUUAUGAAAUGCUACCCCUUUCCCUUCGUGUGAAUAAGCAAUUCUACUGGAUGCAGGUAGAUGAAGAUUGUACUCGGGCACCUCGCUUAUUUCAGAUUAUCUUCACAAGGUGAUACAAAUGACUGUGUCCCUGUGCAACAUUACCUACUAUACACCCCAUAGCACGGGAUGUACUUAUGUAAAGCUAAAUGUCAGAUCUAUACCAAAGCAGCAAAAUUGCCCACAAAUUGUAACAAAGGCCAGCCUGUUGGUGAGACUCAACUCUUUGCUUUGCACAUC